AUGGAGUCCGGAUCUAAGCGCCGUAAGCUCGACCAUGGCGGUCAGGGUAUUCGUCACAAAGGCUUGAUUAACUUCGCGUCCCGCGAUGCGACUCGAGUGUCCGCCGCAAGCACAUUUGUCUUAAAGACCGAUGAGCUGCUGAAAGAGACCAAGCUGGACUACGACACUGCUUUCAACGGCCUCGACAGUCAAUUGAACAAAAUAAAAAGCAUCAUCGACUCUAUAGAGCCCCAUGAUUCUAUUCCUAUCCAUGAGGCCUCUACCAAGUUCGAAAAGAAGCAUCGCGUUACCAUUCCCUACCCAGAGCCGAAGCCCACCAAAGAAUCCAAUUACAAAGUGGCAUUUUUACCACCAGCGCAAUGCAACGUUGUUGGCAGCUUCGUCGGCAGGACUAUGGCCAAAUCGCAAGAGCGCCUAGGAAUCGACAUGGUUGUUCAGAUGCCCAAGACCCUCUUCCAAGACAAGGAUUACCUCGACAUGCGCUACUUUUACCGACGAGCAUACUACAUUGCAUAUAUUGCGUCGAGAAUAAAAAUUAAUCUCGGCGACGAAAUCGAUAUCCACUACGAGCUCCUCCACGAAAAUCCUCUGCUCCCUAUCCUCGUUCUCCGCCUACCGCAACAGGACGUCGCCAAACCCUCCAAGAAGCCCGCAAAGCACGACUUCCACAUCAGAUUGAUCCCUUGUGCCCCAGAAGAUUUGUUUCCCUGGUCAAAGCUGACCCCAAGCUCGAGUAACAUCCGAACAGAGACGACAGAUGCAAAGAAGAGUCCGACGAGCACGCCAUUUUACAACUCUACCCUUAAUGCUGAGAGAACCUUUAUCCAGUACCUCCGUGUCAUUACAAAUGCUAAAAAUGAAUGCGCCGCAUUUGGAGAAGCAUGCAUACUUGGUAGGAUAUGGCUUCAGCAACGCGGAUUCGGCAGCGCCAUCUCACGUGGUGGCUUCGGACACUUUGAAUGGGCCGCCAUGAUUGCGCUUCUGUUGAAGACGGGUGGUAGAAAUGGAGCAGCCGCGCUGUCUACAUCUCUCAGCGCAACAGAGCUUUUCAAGGCGGCGAUUCAGUUCCUGUCCACGACAGAUUUUACCAAAAAGGCGUUUGCGUUCAACUCUGCCAAAACGGCUGCCGACACCAUCAAGGAGGCUGGCCCCGUCGUCUUCGACCCUAUCCGGCAACUCAAUCUUGCCUUCAAGAUGACGCCUGGAUCUGCAAACUACCUGCAGAUGUGCGCCAAGUCUACGACGGAGCUUCUCGCCGACGAGGCCGCUGAUAAGUUUGACUCGACUUUCAUCACAAAAGUCAAUGUGCCGCUGCAGGUGUUUGAUGCUGUACUCGAAAUCAAGAACCCCAAUCUCGCCAAGUAUGCUGCAACGCCUGAUCGUCGAAGCGAGAUUGCUGAUUUCGGUCUCGACGCGCAUGGCGUCCUGCGCAAGGCGUUCGGCAAGCGCGCGCAACUCGUCUGCGUGCAGCUUCCUCCGAGAAAGCAGUGGAAGCUCGCUGGUACCUGCCCGCCUGCACCCACUACUGCAACCGUUGGGGUCAUCUUUGAGCUCGGGCACAUGAGCAGACAAAUGGAGCACGGCCCGCCGGCGGAGGAGCCCAAGGACGCGGCGCGGUUCCGUCAGUUUUGGGGCGAAAAGGCCGAGCUGCGACGCUUCAAAGACGGCAGCAUCCUGGAAUGCGUCGAGUGGACGAGCAGGCUGCCUCUCGAUAUCUGCCAGGAAAUCGCCCAGUACGCGCUGCACCGCCACCUGGAGCUCGCCCAGGACGGCGUGCACGCCGCGGGAACAAGCCUCGCCAGCACUAUUGCCCUGUCCCCGCUCGACAAGGGCGCGUUCGACGCUGCGCGGCGCUCGUUCCAAACAUUUGAGCACGACAUCCGCAGCCUCGAAAACCUGCCGUUGCAGAUCCGCCAGCUGGCGCCCGUCUCCGCGCUGGCGCGCUAUGCCUCUAUCGAGGCCCCCCUGGUCGGCUUUCACAAGGACACGGUGGAGCCCAUUGACGUCAACCUCUACUUUGAGCAGUCGAGCAAGUGGCCCGAGAAUCUGACGGCUAUUCAAGAGGCCAAGAUCGAGUUCCUCCUGGAUAUCGACCGCCGGCUCACGACUGCGCACGACAACAUCAAGACGUUCCUCGGCCGGGCGAACCAUGAGAUUGGCAUCACCAACCUGGUCUACCUCGACGUCGUCUACGACAGCGGCGCCGCCUUCCGGCUGCGCAUCCACUCUGACCUCGAGGAAACGCUCCUCGCGCGCCAAAUGACCAACAAGACACUCGACCAUGCCGUGCGCGAGGCCGCCGCGCACGCCGGCCGCCGCUUCCACUGGCGCUUCAACAUUCUCCCCCUGCACACCCAGGCCAUCGCCACCUACUGCACGCGCCUGCCGGCGCUCUCCCCCACCAUUCGCCUCGUUCAGUACUGGUUCGCCGCGCACAAACUGACCGGCCGCGGGCACGUCCGCCCGGAGCUCGUCGAGCUCCUCGUCCUGCACGCCUUCCUGCAGCCGUACCCCUGGCCGACGCCGUCAUCUGCGACCACUGGCUUCCUCCGCACACUUGCGCUACUUGCGCGCUGGGACUGGCGCGAGCAGCCGCUCAUUCUCGACACGGCUGACGAGAUGACGCUGGAUGACCGCGCCGCCGUGCACGCCGCACUGCAGGACUACCGCCAGCGCGACCCCGGUAUGAACCAGACGGUGCUCGUCGUCGCCCCUCUGUACGACCGCACCGGCUUGGCGUAUACCCAGGACGGCCCGAGCAAGCUCGUCGCCGCGCGCAUGACGCGCCUCGCCAAGGCCGCGUACAAGCUCGUCCGCGAGCAGGGCGCCGCAGGUCUCGACGCCGCGGCACUCUUUGCACCCGCCCUCCACGACUACGACGUGCUGCUGCGGCUCUCAAGCAAGGCGCUGCGGGCUGUCGCGCGCGACACGGGCAGCGACGCCGGCGCCCCGCGCGCAUCGCAGUUUCGCAACCUUGAUGCGGUGCCGGGCCGGGCGCCGCUGCCUGUGCGCGCGCGCCCCGUCGACGUGCUCGUCGAGGAGCUGCGGCGCGUCUAUGAGGACACGCUCGUCUUCUUCCCGGCGGGCGCGGCGGAGGAUGCGACGAUUGCAGCGCUCUGGAACCCGCGUCUGCAGCCGUCCAAGUUUCGCGCCGGCCUGCCGUAUAAUUUUCACGCUGUGGAGGGCGAGGACGAGGACGGCGGGGAUGUGGUCGAGGUGAAUCGCAAGGCGGUGCUGCUGGAGAUUGCGCGCAUUGGCGGCGCGCUGAUCAAGACGAUCGAGGUGGUGGGUGAUGAGUAA